AUGUACGUUUACUUUCUAACUGAUUGUGUCGCAUUGUCGUUUACAGCCGCCGGAGAGGUUUGUCAAGGUACUUUUGAAUUUCCAUCCCGUUUGUCGAAAUUGCUGACCAUGACCGAUUGCGGAAAUAUUAGUCGCUUGACCGUGAUUAAAUCUCUGGGUCCCCGUCUAGUUCCGUUCUUCAAGACAUUCGCUCUGUUCUAUGUUAUUUUCCCAAAACAUGAAUCAUCAAUCGGUUAUUGUAUUUUCAAGUGCGCGCCUAUCCUCUGUUUAGUCGGAUUUGUCCUUAUGUACGGGAUGCGAUUACCCCAGAAACGCUCUUACGCACAAAAAGUUCUGUUAGGUCUCAUAUUUUCCUGCAUUGGUGAUGCCUUUCUAGUCUGGUCACCUGUGUAUCUAAAGCACGGAAUGUUUUUCUUCGCUUUGGCACAUUUGUUGUAUGUGUCUGCUUUCGGUUGUCAUCCGCCAGCUCUGUCUCUCCUCUGGAUUGUUCUUGCUGUGAUUGUGAGCGUAUGGAUGUGUUGUUUUUCCGGUCUAAGCGGUAUAUAUCAUGUCGUGGGACCAGUUUACGGUCUAAUUUUGGGUCUGAUGAUCUGGAGAGCUGCUGCACAGGUGUUCAAAGGUGGACAUCCAAUCCCGUGGACCUCGAUCUCACGAGCACUCGGUGCCACUCUUUUCGGUGUUUCGGAUGCACUUUUAUCGAUGGACAUGUUUUUUGCUCGUGGCUCACCGCUCUCUGUGCUCAUUUUGCCCACGUACUAUGCUGCUCAGUUGUGCAUCACUGUCUAUGUGCAGUGCCAUGGACUGCGCAUGCCCAAAGCACAGCGUAUCGCUUUGCUUAACCUUACCCUGAGUAUGGCCUGUUGUCCGAACCUGGAUCCAGUGAUUUGUUUUCGGGCAAUCAAUUUGUCCAAAUUACUGAUGGUACGUAUGAAGACGUUGACCACCAAGUCUAUCCAGCUGGACUGGCGACGUUUCCAUGACAUGUUUCAGUGGCUCACAGUCACUGUCGAAGUUCGUUUGGAUUUGGUAAGAUGGCCACGCCGCGAAGUCGAAAACCUUGUCUCGGUUAUCCGUAUGGCCAAAAGAUUCUUCCCGAUUUCAUGCAUAGAAGAAAUUUGGCUGGAUUUUCGUCAUCACAUCCUCGAGCGUAUGUUGAACGGAGUUGGCCAGCAUACGUUCGACUUCCUACGCUUGUUAAUGCCAUUGUCUCCGAAAAGUUUCGAUCACAUCAGUCGAACGUGGCUACCGGAUAUCAUUGAUCUGUGGUAUAUCAUUACGGAUUUCAGCAAACCUUUCCACGAUGUAGUCGGUGUAUUGGCCCAAGUGGCUCGUUUUUGCCGGGGUCGCGUGGAUUGGGAGCCCCACUUAGAACGGGUGUUCUGCGGCUUACUUCGAGCUAUCACGUUACCUCACGGCCCAGUCAGUAUGGAUGACACAGGCGGACUGCAAAUCAAACCGUCAAUGAUCGAUCCAUACGCGGAACUGUUGGCCAAUGCUAUUGGCCCGGAUCGGCCCAACUCUCGGUCCACUGUGAUCGAAAGACUCACAGAUUUCUACAAAACCGUUGAACCAUUCUAUCAUCCAUCCAAUCCGAGAGUCUCAUCCGCUCUAUUGAUCUCGUUCACGCAUCACUUUGUGUGCAGUUUGAACAGUCGCCUCAGAGAUGAACUUCUGCCCCCGGUGGAACAAGCCGAGGAUAUGGGCUUGCCUCCCGUCGAGUUUAACCUCACCGUGGAACAAGUGGAUGAUAUUGUCCGCCUCAUCUUGCCUGUCGUACUGGAUCAUAUGUUGUUCUUCAAAUUCGAGCGGACACUAAUUAAAGUGGCCCGGACGAUCGAUAUCCUGGCACGCCUUCGACCGGCCCUCGUACUGCCUGCCCUUUUAUCUGCCCUGGAAGAGGGUGUUAAUCGACCGGAAAGUCCACUACGCUACACCCGUCCGUUGUACGCACUGUGCUUUUGUGUGGCUGGCCUGUGCCACGUCCGAUUCCCGUUGUUUCUCCAAGGUGGUGGUGCACGCUCUUUUAGAGCUGUGGACAGUUCCGGGGCGGGCUCAGCGGACUCUGACGAGGAUUUAGAUGAACAACCUGAAAACGGUGCCGGUGCACACGACCACACUCCGGAUGAAGGACCCGACUUUGUUGAAAAUGCUUUGGAUCCCGCUCUGGUCGAGGAUUCGGUGGACUCAACUAUUGGACAGAAAAUCGCGAGUCAUUUAGGCCUGCUUUCUGCGAACGGUCAAGCUCACCUGAAGGCAUUCACCUUCCCCAAGGGUCGUGUGGAACUGGUGCGUUUGAUGAAUCUGCUCCUCCUCGGGUUCGAUUUGGAUUACACGGACCGCGUGUACCUCACCAUCGCGUGUCUGAGUCGAUUAUACGGUUCGAUUGUCUAUCGUGGCCGAGUGGAACCACGUAUCUUAGCUCUACUCUACAUCCUGUCGGGGUGCUUUGCUGCAGUAAAUCCCUCGAGAUUUGUCCAAACCGAAUUCGCACAGACCUAUCUCACGCCGCUGCUCUCAAUCCUGUCUGAACUCCUUUAUCUUUCUUGUGGUGUUUUCGCUGCGAACGGCGAUCAGUCUGGAUGCCGUUCCAAUCCCGUCGGAAAAAGCAACAACUUGGAAGAAACGGGUGCGUGUCCCGCACUGGCAGAGGCUGCAUCCAGUCUUCUGGCUGUGAUUAUGUAUCGUCUUGUGAACUACACAAUCGAUCUGAGCGAUGUCGACCUCAUGCAAUCGGGCUCGCGACACGCAGUUCCGAACAAUUUGUUUCUGACCACCUCAUGGUGGACUCCCUUCAUCAGUAUCCGGUCCCUGUUCGAACAGAGCGUUCUAUGUCCCCCCUACUCAGACGAAUUCAGCCCUGCCAGUAUCGAGGUCGAAGGGGACCGGGUAGCACGCUUCUGGAUUGUUCCGUCCGAUGAAGCACGCGCACUAGCGGAUCAGUUGAUUCAUCAGUACCUAGUCCCAAUUCUAUCCCGUUUAGAACAGAUUGGUGUAGAGCUGUCAAAAACCGCUACCGGUUUCAACUCAAAGCUCACUCUGCCUGAUCAACGCAAUCAGUUUAGCUCCUUAUUGAUAUGGACCAAUCAUUUGCUCAUGAGCGUCGCGGGUGUACUCGACCCGCGCGAUCCGGACCCCGGGGAUAAAGAUCUCAAACCACCACCUUGGCAUGGUCAUAGCCAUCUCGAGUUGGGUGGGAAGAAAAAUUACUCCACAGUUGUGCCACAACCAGCACUGAAAUUAGGCCUUUUCUCUCCCAAGGUAAUCAAUUCAAAAGGCGAAAAGGUGGGUUUGCGUGAUCGUAUUUUCGAUGUCGGUCUGCAUCUGCUCACAAUUGCGGCUGAUUUGUUCGUCCGGGCUGAUGAUAGUCUUUUAGGACCGGAUUCAAUCAACGUGAAUGGUCUAUCGGCGCCCAUCGAGGAUAACCCAGCUGACAAUGGUGAGUGCAUGUUUGAUCACCUUGUCGUGCUUACUAUGAGUCCUCUGUUUUUGUCUGUGUGUGUGUGCUUAGAUGUGAAUAAGCUUGUUGGAAACGCUGCGUCCAUCGGUAGAUUUUAUAAAUUAGCCCACCGUCUGUUGCUUGUGUUUUGUAUUGCUGUUCUCACUACAGAACGGUAG